UAGGACUUAUCUCCAAAUACAUAAAAAUCAAUUCCUGGUCUUUUCCUACUAUAUACUUUUCCAUGGCAAUAUCAUCAUCAUUACCAUGCUUAGCAUUUCAUGUGAAACGUUGUAAACCAGAACUAGUUGUCCCCUCAAAACCAACGCCUUAUGAAGUAAAGUACCUCUCGGACAUUGAUGACCAAGAGGGCUUAAGAUUUCAAGUUCCACUUCUAUGGUUUUACAAGAAUAAUAACAACAGAAAUAAUGCUACUCCUUCAAUGGAAUUGGGAAAAGACCCUGUUAAGGUUAUUAGGGAAGGACUUGGUGAGGCACUGGUUUAUUACUAUCCACUUGCCGGUAGACUUAUGGAAGGUUAUAAUAGGAAGCUUAUAGUGGAAUGCAACGGCAAAGGGGUUUUGUUCAUUGAGGCUGAUGCUGAUAUUAGCCUUGACCAAUUGGGUGAUAGAAUUCAACCUCCAUGUUCAUUUCUUGAUGAGUUUCUUUGUAAUGUUUCAGGAUCUGAGGGUAUUCUUGGUAGUCCAUUGUUUUUAAUUCAGGUGACUCGUUUGGCAUGUGGAGGUUUUGUUUUGGCGUUGCGGUUUAACCACACAAUAUGCGAUGCAUUUGGAGUGUUUCAGUUCUUGAAAACAAUAGCAGAGAUGGCAAAUGGAGCAGAGGAGCCUUCUAUUCCACCAGUAUGGCAGAGGGAGCUCUUAUCUGCUCGAAACCCACCUCGAGUUACUUGCAUACACCAUGAAUUUCAACAAGCAAUGACUGGUAAGGUGAACUUGGACCAAACCAAUCUGGUCCAACGCUCUUUCUUCUUUGGUCCUAAACAAAUGAUGGCCAUCCGAGCUCAUCUUCCUCCAAAACUUGGCUCUUUUUCCCGGUAUGAGUUACUAACAGCUUGUCUAUGGAGAUGUCGAACACUUGCGCUGAAACUUGACCCACAAGACGUUGUUCGAGUUUCAUGCUUAGUGACUGCUAGAGGCAGGAACCGCGGUCCAAAUCUGCCUUUAGGGUACUAUGGCAAUGCAUUUGCAUAUCCAGCUGCAGUUUCAAAAGCCGGAGUUUUAUGCAAAAACUCGUUGGGAUAUGCAGCGGAGUUGGUGAAGAAAGCAAAAGCCGAAAUGAGUCAAGAGUACAUAAGAUCCGUAGCAGAUCUUAUGGUCAUCAAAGGAAGACCACCUUAUAUAGAAAAAGGGAAUUUUCUUGUUAGUGAUAUGACAAACGCUCGGUUAGGAGAUGUGGAUUUUGGUUGGGGUUUGCCUGAAUAUGCUGGACCUGCCAUGGCUUUCCCUCGGAUUAGCUUCUAUGUGAAGUAUAGAAACAAACGUGAAGAUGGGAUUUUGGUACCAAUUUGCUUGCCUUUUUUGGCCAUGGAAAGGUUUCAAAAAGAGCUUAUGGCAAUGACUCAAGAGGAAAAACCUAAAGCCAUUAAAAUUACAUCCACACUUUAAUAAGACAAAAAAUGAGCUUCUUUAAUAUUGCAGAGAUAAUUUUCAAAGGGUCUGGGUCAUAUGUAAAAAACUUUGCUUGUUUGUUUAUAUAUAUAUAUAUAUAUAUUAAUAAUUUAGAUGUUUGCUAAUCAGUGCUAGCAAGCUUCUUCAUAGAUAUAAGAAAUAACUAGGUAUUGUUUUAUUUUGUUUUUCUCUGUAUUAAAAAUAUAAAUUAUGGUAUAAUAAACCAUGCAAUGUUUAGCAAAAUAUUGUUAUGUCUUCUGCCAAAAUUUUUUCCUGCCUUGGAGGACAAUAUAGGAAAGUGAUGUAUACCCCAAAAAUAGAAGCCGAGUAAAAAAAAAACUAUAUACGAACAAAAAACACGGAGAAGGCGAAUUAGUUUUGUUUGUUGAGUGUGAUGAAUGGAAAAGAAAUUGUCAAAGCAAUUAACAAUUUACUUUUUCGAGAGAAACAGUAAUUAAUAAUUUGAAGGUGCACUUGGUAAGGCACUGGUGAUUUACUACCCGUUUACUGGCAGACUUAUAGAAGGUAAUAACAGGAAGCUUAUUGUGGAUUGCAAUGGCAAAGGGCUUUUGUUCAUUGAAGCCGAUGCUGAUUUUAGUCUUCACAAAUUGGGUGAUAGAAUUCUAAAUCCAUGUCCAUUCCUGGAUGAAGUUCUAUAUAAUGUUUUAAGAUCUGAUGAUAUUAUUGGU